CGAUCAUCUCUCUCCUCCUCCGGCACAGUCUGGCGCUCUCUGCUCUCUUCUCCGCGAAGCUUUUUUUUAAUCCUCCUCCUGAGUCUCAAAGUGUCCGGACCAAAAAACUGCAACAUUCCUGAGGACUACUCUCUGUUCUGCUCAUGAACUCAUCAUCCAUACAUACAAGAGGAACAACUUGGAAAACACCUGGACACCGUUACUUCCUGGUUAUAUAACUUUUGUUGCACUUGAACGCCUCUUACAUUCCUGAGACUUUGGCCGGGGACGGAAAUUAAGUAUUUUUCUCUGAAAAAAAAGCGAUCAAAGUCAUUUUUUGUUCUUGUUAAAACUUUCAUAAUAAAUAGACCAAGGAGAGAGCAGCAGCAACUAACUCUUUGCGCAGCCUUGAAAUAGUCUUGUGAUUUUUUUCCCUUACGUGUAGUCUUAAAUUAAGUGACCAAACAGAGAACAUGGCAAGUAUAAACUCUCUGGAUGCUGUCAAGAGGAAGAUCCAGUGUUUGCAGCAGCAGGCCGACGACGCAGAGGACCGGGCUGUGGUCCUACAGAAAGAGCUCGAUCAAGAAAAGGAUCUCCGAGACAAAGCCGAGGGUGAUGUAGCAGCUCUGAACCGUAGGAUCCAGCUGGUGGAGGAGGAGCUGGACAGAGCCCAGGAGAGGCUGGCUACAGCACUGCAGAAAUUGGAGGAGGCUGAGAAGGCCGCAGAUGAGAGCGAGAGAGGAAUGAAGGUGAUUGAAAACCGAGCGAUGAAGGAUGAGGAGAAGAUGGAGUUGCAGGAGAUUCAGCUUAAGGAGGCAAAACACAUCGCUGAGGAGUCUGACCGUAAAUACGAGGAGGUGGCCCGUAAGCUGGUGAUCUUGGAGGGAGACCUUGAGAGAGCAGAGGAGAGGGCCGAGCUGUCAGAAUGCAAAGCCUGUGACCUGGAGGAUGAGCUGAAAAAUGUGACCAACAACCUGAAGUCCUUAGAAGCCCAGUCUGAGAAGUACUCAGAAAAAGAAGACAAGUACGAGGAGGAGAUUAAAGUUCUGUCUGACAAACUGAAGGAGGCUGAAACCCGUGCAGAGUUUGCAGAGCGGUCUGUGACCAAACUGGAAAAGAGCAUUGAUGACCUGGAAGGUAAAGUAGCAAACGCCAAAGAGGAAAACGCAAAAAUCCAAGAGUGCCUGGACCAGACCCUGCUGGAUCUGAACAACUUAUAAACACAAAGAGAGGAAGCCGGAGAGGAUGAGAUCGUUGCAUAACAUUCCUUCGAUUUACGAAUCCAUUCCACAUUUUGGGCUGUAAAAUCUUUAUUCCCUUAAUGAAUGGGAAUUAACUUAAUACUUGUCCCUUAAUGUUUGUUUUAUUUCAAAUGCACAAUUUUCUUUUUUUUUUUAAGAUGGGGAGUCAUUAUGACCACAUGGCUUCUUUUUUUUUUCUCCAGCCUUGAUUGCAGAAAUUCUCCCCAAUAUAAUUUUUGACCAUUUUUAUAGAAAUAACUGGCAGCCCAUACAACGCAAAUAAACCUCAGAUUUGGUCAUCAAACCUGUUAAACUGCUUAAAUUUGCAGUUUGUAUGUGCACAUUCAUUAAGUUUUGAUUCAUUUAAAACAUAGUUAGAUUCUGCUCAGUCUACAUAAGGUUGCUCAAAGUGCCACCUUGUGGUGAUAUGAAGUAAUUCAGCAGGUUUUUUUUUUGUCAGAUAAUUUUGAAUGACCUUUAAAGGGCUACAGGAUAGCAGACAAUGUAUUGUCCUACAAUUAUGCUACAUUGCUGUUUUUUAUGUAACAGCAUGACAGUGUUGUGGAACAUGUGACUUGUUGGAAAGGUUUCACUGAUUGAAUAAAAAAUACCGGGGCCAGGCACAUUCUUUCAUUUGGUUAAUUUGUAUCGCCCCCUCUGCCGAUCCCUUUAUGCCGAGGCUUACAUGUUGAAGAUGCACUCACUAUUUAUGUGCAUUUUUUCUACUCUCUUCUUGGUGUGGGAAUCGUGCAGAACCUGGGAGCUGCAUGUACUGUACAGUUUGUGGAAUCUGGCCUGCAAUAUCAAAGCUGAACUACCUUUCCUUAAGCUUUACAUGACCAAUGACAGUCUGCAUCAAUGCCAACAUUAUGCCAUCAUGUAGCCAAUACUAGAUUUACAAUACGUUGUAUUACAUGAGUGAGCGAAACCCCAAACCACUGGAAGCUCAGUCAAGUUUUAUCAAACAUGGAUACUUAUUGUAUAUAGUAGAAUAAUGUUAGGCAUGUGAGAAAUUGUAUUGCUUUUAUUUUUUUGUUUCUUUUACACCACUUAUUUUUGCCAAGGGGAACUCUCAAGACCAAAGAACACACAUUACGCAGACAAUAAAUUCUUAAAAUGUUUUAUUUUUGUUUGUGAUGGUCAUCGUGGUUUCAUCUCAUGCCAGGGCCAGGACACCAUCUUGAGAAAUUUAAUUCACCACCCCUCUCUCUAUGUCAAUCUAAUAAAUGUUUUACAGAAAUCAA